UAUAACACACUCACAGAUGCCUAUAGUUGUUACCAAAGAGUCAAACAAUUUUUAUUAUAAUUAUUACCACAAACUUCUUAAAGAUAACAAAAUAGUGAACAUAUCUAUUGGUGAUCACAAGUCUCUGAAUCAAUUGAUUUCCUAAUAUCUUUUGUUUUAUCCAUAAGUUGAUGACUAUAUCUGUCAAGAAUACCAAUGAUGUAAAUCCAAUUUCAAGACAACAAUUAUUGUCUCAAUUUGAAUGACAUUUAAGACAUUUUCAACUUUUCUAACCAUUAUUUGAAUACAAGAAUAUUGCAGACGAUAUCACAUAUGUCUUAGUCUUUGUGUUAUUGAUAGCAAGCGAUGAUCAGUCAAAGUGGUGAAAGCAAUGAUCAAAGAUUAUCACCCAAUGAGAGCAAUGAGAAGAAUGGUUACAAUGAACAACAGCAAAGUCUUGGCGAUCGGAUAUUAAUGGCCGCAGAAAAUGGUGACAUUUGUGAAGUAAAGACGUGCCUUAAGAUUGAUAAAAGUUUGGUUCAUUCAGUCGAUAGCGAUCUCUAUACACCUCUUCAUCGCUCUGCAUAUGGAAAUCAUAUACAAGUAAUGAAACUAUUGAUCGAUUCGGGUGCCAAUCCCACGGCUCGGACGGCAACAGGUUGGACACCAUUACAUUCAGCCGCUCAAUGGGCACAUAUCGAUGCCGUCGAUCUAUUGCUUAACUGUGGCGCAGAUAUUAAUGCCGUUUCCGAUGGCGGAAACACUGCCCUACACUUAGCGGCCAAACACAAGAAAAGAAAUCUCUUGGAAUUGUUGUUAUAUAAUGAAGACAUUGACUCUUUGGCAAAGAAUGACAGCGGAGAGAGUGCUUAUGAUAUCGCUUAUAGGGCUUCACCUCUCUAUCAGUUGUGGCAAUACUUGUGAACAAACAUUUGAUCGCUUAAGAAGUCAUUCAAGUCAUUGAUCGGCAUUUAA